UGUCCCCAGAGAACCAAAAAGCAGAGCCCGUAGAAAGCCAUGGAGGCCGUCGUCCCCAACGGCGGGAGUGAAGAAAGGCUCUGCAUCGACGAAGCGCUGGCGAAAUAUGCCGGCGAGUUCGGGCCCUGGCAAGCCAGACAGUUCUUCCUCGUGAGCCUCGCGUGGCUGCUGGACGCUUUCCAUACCAUGGUGACCAUCUUCGCCGACAGGGUGCCGGCGUGGCGCUGCGUGCGGCAGGGAGGCUGCGGCGGCCGCGGGAUUUGCGAGCUGGAGCGAGGAGCGUGGGAGUGGGAGGGCGGCCGGGGGGUUUCUACGGUGGCGCAAUGGGGGCUUGUCUGCGGCCAGAAGUACAAAAUCGGACUUGUUCAGUCCGCUUUCUUUGCUGGAUGCAUGCUCGGCUGCGGAAUAUUCGGACACUUAUCCGACUCCUUCCUGGGCCGAAAGGGCGCCCUAAUGGCAGGCUGCAUCAUCAACACCAUACUCGGCUGCCUCACCUCCCUCUCCCCCUCCUACUCCAUCUACCUCCUCCUCCGCACUCUCACCGGCCUCUGCACCGGCCCCAUGGGCACCACCGCCUUCCUCCUCGCCACCGAACCCAUCGGCCCCUCCCGCCGGGCUGCCGCCGGUAUCUCCGUCUUCUACUUCUUCUCCGCCGGCAUCAUCCUCAUCGCCGUCCUCGCCGCCUCCCUCCCCUCCUCCUGGCGCCUCCUCUACUUCUCCUCCUCCCUCCCCACCCUCGCCUUCGUCCUCCUCAUCCUCCCCUUCCUCUCCGAAUCCCCUCGAUGGUAUCUCAUCCGCCGGAACCCCGCAGCCUCCCUCCGCAUCCUCCGCUCCAUCGCCAAAUCCAACUCCCGUUCCGAUAUCCCCGAUAAUGUCUCCCUCACCCUCGACUGCAGCACCGAUCCCAACUCCGAUGAUGCCCAAACCUCUGCUUCGAUCAUCGACGUUUUGCGCUCCCGCGUCACUCGGCCUCGACUGAUCCUCUCUGUCGUCACAAGUUUCUUCUGCUCCGUCGUAUACUACGGCCUGACAUUGAACGCGGCAAAUCUCGGGACUAAUAUUUACGCCAGCGUGAUAAUCAAUUCGGUGUCGGAGCUCCCGGCGUUCACCAUCGCCGCAUUCUUGAUUGGGAGAUUUGGGAGGAGGAGGCUGACGGUUGGGACGAUGUGGCUGAGCGGGGGGUUCUGUGUGGCCGGAGCAGCGGUGCGUGGGGGAGUCGUGAGGAUGGGUUGUGGGGUGAUGGGAAUAUUUGGGAUAGCGGCGACAUAUAAUUUGUUGUUGGUGUAUACGGCGGAGCUGUUUCCGACGACGGUGAGGAAUACGGCGCUGGGAUGCGUGCAGCAGGCGGAGCAGAUUGGGGCGGUGCUGGCGCCGAUGGUGGUGGUGAUGGGAGGAAAGGUGACGUUUUUGGUGUUUGGGGUUUGUGGGCUGGUGGGGGGAAUGUUGGGGUUGUAUUUGCCGGAGACGUUGGAUCAGCCGUUGUAUGAUACGCUCGCGGGGAUGGAGGAUGGGGAGAAGGCUAGGGCGAUAUAGCGAGUGAAAUGCAUGUGGAGCGAUUGCAUGCUCGGACGAUGGUCUAAAUGUUUGGAUCAUGAUCUAGAUGGGUUAUUGUGAUGCAUGAUGGUCGUCUGGACGUGUGGCCAGGUCUAUGUGAUGUUUUCUUGUAGUAGGAGCUGUUUGGCUGAAGCUUGAGUUUAAG